AUGUCAUUCCUUAACCUCCGCCCUGUCCUAUCCUUCAUGUCUGCUCUGCUCUUAUCCCUCCAUACUGCAUGCCACAUGUACUCUCGUCACAUCUCCUUGUGGCUCGCCGGUGCACCCCCUUGCCCCGUGCACCCCCUUGCCCCAUGCACCCCCUCACCCCGUGCACCCUCUUGCCCCAUUGCACCCCCUUGCCCCAUGCACCCCCUCACCCCGUGCACCCCCUCACCGAUCUCUCCACGUGUCUGCAGACCACCCUGGCGGCCAAGCGCCUGCUGCCCGCCGUGGAGGCCGACGGCUGCCCUGUCACCAGGUGAAGGCAGCGGUGGAGGGCAGUGGUGGGUGAGGGAAGAGGUGGUGCCGGGCGUGCACCCCUUACCCGCCCUCCGUGCUGGCAGGGAGCUGUACGAGGUGGCCAUCGCAGUGCACGUGCGCAGCGGCUACGGCUCCACCGCCCUGCACCUGCACCGCCUCAUGGACGCCGCCCAUGCUGCCCCGCCUGCUGCCCAUGCCGCCCCGCCUGCCCGUGAGGAUGGUAACCCGCCUGCUCCCCAGGGUGGCCUCGAGAGAGCCUCGCAUGGUGCUUCCUCCGCAGCAUGUGGGGACGCCACGCCUCCAGCAUAG